AUUUAAUACUUUCAAAAUAUUUUCUUUUAUAGUUACACGUUGAAAAAUUCAAUGCAAAAUAUAGAGUAUGUUAUGUCAAGCUAUGAAAUGAAGGAGAAGAGAAUUACUUGCAUUUGUUUAUAGAAUUUAUACUAUGCAUUUUUUAUGAAUUGAACAUUUUAUGGCUUAGUAAGUUAAAUGAUUAGAAAACGUUUUAUGGUGUUUAUCCUGGUGUGUAAUUAACAAGAUGUAAUUGAAUGUCCUUUGGUAUUGAAAUGAACGGUGGUGAUGUUCAGGAUGUGCCCAAGAAUAAAUCGAAUCCUUCACUCGACUUCAAUGCAGAAAAUGUAAACGGGAUUAAUAUCGAUAAUACAGCUAAUUUUAUGCACUGGAAUGUAAACCCCAAUUCGCUUAUUUGCACCUCUACGACGGACGGUGUAAUGCUAUAUCCUCCAAUAUCAAAGCAGGACAUUGAUAAUGAUAUCAAUCUCAACUCAGUUGCAUUUGAGCGGCACCUUUUACAUCAAAUAAUAGCAAACGACGUGCAACAGCCUAGUAAAUUGACUUCACAAAACUACGACCCUCGUGAUACUGUCGUCAAGAACGCACCUGAUGGUGCAGUGCAGAUCACAUAUCGUAAAAUGGUCAAUACUGCACCGACGAAGAACAGUCAACUUGCAUACAUCUUGCCCAAACCUGCUUCGACAGGUAGUUACCAGACCACGUUUAGUAUUACCCAGACCACUUCAAAUAUUGCAGCAGCACCUUUUGCGGUUUCAACACACAACGUUUGUCGACAUGUAACAUCUACUGUGAAUUCUUCAGCUGUAAGUUACGUGUCAGCAUUUGAUCCACUGAAGCAAUUUCAAAGUAUGCCAUCCAAUUCUGAUAAAAUCUCGUGCAAUGUAUCAAACCCCUCAUUUGGUCGAAAUCUUACUAUAAACCUUCCAAAAAUGCAGGGAAGCCCUACACUUGUCAAUUCUGUCCCUACUCUUGUCAAUUCAGUAAAAGCAGCCAACAUAGUUCCCGUUUGUUCUGAUGAAAAUCAGAAUGUCGCUUUUCAACAAUUUCCACAAGCAACUACGGUAAAUCCAACAUUGGAUAUAUCGGCGGUAGAUGGGGAAUUAUUAAACAACUGUUCAAAUUUUGAAAAACUUGGUAACUUCGAUUUAGACAUAGGUUGUUUAAGCGCUGACAACUUUGAUGAUUUAAAUUUCAAACAUUUAUAUCAUGAUAUCACAGCUUUGAAUCAGAAUGCAAUUAUAAGUUCCUCUUUACUGACAACGAAUUCUUCUGUGUCAAACAUGCAGUCAAUAUUUACAGUGCCAUCGAACCAAGAAAAAAAUAGUUCCUGCACCUCUUCAGAAAACAUAGAAAAUACAUUUAUUUCUCUGUCUCCACAAAAUCGCACAUCUACUGUUGCAUCUCCUAUAAACAUAGAGACUAAACAAACAUUGAUAGAUAUUAUUGAUGUCUCGCCAGAAAUCUCUACAAUUUCUGGUGCUAACAAGAUCAUUUUGAUUGGAUCUUGGAACGCAAAAGAUGCUAGGUAUCAAUGCAGGUUUGGUGAUGUACUUGUCGAUGCGGAACUGAUUCAAAAUGGCGUGCUGCGUUGUUUCAGUCCUGCGCACAAAGCAGGAAAAAUCAAGUUGUUAGUUUUGUGUAACGAUACGAUUGUUUCAAAUACAGUGGACUUUGAAUUCGUAGAUCCAGUGACUGACGAAAAAAGUAUUAAUCACGAUUCUUGGUUGUCGAUCAAAAACGAGUCUCUUGUUGAAUUGUUAAAGCAGAGAAUAACGGCGAUCGUUGAAAUGUUUGGUUUAGAAUGCAAAUGUGACUUCAAGGAGAUCAACAGUAACGACAUUGAAGAAGAGUUUGUAGCAAUUUGCAAGCGACUAGUUCACCUUACGAUUGACUUUUCUUUCGACUAUAACGUGGAAGACACGAUGACUGUUUUACAUUUAGCCGCUGCUUUAGGCUACGUCAAACUUAUUCAACUAUUAUUGAGCUGGGUGGAAUCUAACCCGAACCAGCUGAUAUCUGUUGAAGCCUGUCCAACACGAUACGAUCAGUUUAAAUUACUCCCCCUCAUGUGGUCAUCUGCGAAAGGACAUUUUAAUACAACGUGCGUAUUACAUCAGUGGGAGGAGGAUGCUAUUCAUGAGUGUGACAAUUGUGGAUGUACCGCUAUUGAUCUUGCAAGGGAAUGUGGGCACGAUUCAUUGGUGGCUUAUUUGGAACGACUUUUGAGGAAGUCCAGCAUGUCCAGGGAAAACUCUGUCGGUGGCGACAUCAGUGGUACGUCACCACAAAAUUUCCAACCAACUUCUUUUUCUCAAGGUUGGUGCAACGACAUAAGCGAAGGCUCAUCCUCUCGUACACUGGGCAAAACUUUGGCUUACAUCCAAUCAAUUAUAAGUAAUCAAGAUGAUGAAAGUGAUAGCAUGUGUUCCGAUGGCGAAGAAAGUUUGUUCGAAACAUCUCCCUUUACACCUAGACAACGUUCGUUUACAGAAGAAAACAGACCUGCAACAUCAACAGUCACUCUUCAUUCUCCACCGUCACCUGGUCAAUCGAGUUUUAAUCGAGGCACUCGCGAAACCGCUGAAUUUUGCGAGUUUUUUUUUAAAGCGAAAAAAAUUGAAAAAGACUUUGCCGAACUUACCUUGACAGAUGCUGAGCAGGAAGAACUGUAUCGGGCGGCUAAUGUUAUUCAAAAUGCGUUCAAGUCCUACAAGGAACGUCGAAAUCAACGCAACAGUGAAUUCUCUGCAGCCGUUCUUAUUCAAAGUUACUACAGGCGAUACAAGCAGUAUGCGGCUUUUAAGAAGAUGCAGAAAGGUGCUGUGCUCAUCCAGAACCAAUAUCGUGCUCACAGAGAAAAAGCCAAAAAAAAAUGCCAAGCUGCCAGUGUUAUUCAAAAUUAUUAUCGACAAUAUCGAGAGCGAAAACAUAGUUUCGACAGAAGGGAAAGCUAUCAGCAAAAGAAUCGACAGCAACAAGCUGAUGAGCGAAAAUUGAAAAGAUUUUUACAACACACUACGAACAGGUUAAGUCGGAAAACAUCAAAUGAUUUUCUGACGAAUACAGAAUUCGACAUCAUGGAAUGCGAAAGCUGAUAUACAGUGCCGUAAAACUAUCGUAAGUGCUCGAUUUAGCGCCUAAUUUCGAACAAGCGUCUUGGGUGGUUAAUUGGAGAGAGUAUUGAUGCGAACGGGAUGCUUUUUAUCUUUUUUUAAAAAAAACGGAGAAAAAACUAAAUUGCGAAGUUGUUGUCUUCUCUCAGAACUAAGUAAACUUUUUAUAUAGCAAAAAAAUGGUAUUGUAUUUUAAAGCAGCAGAUUCUUACGAUUUGGUGUCCCCUUCUAAAUGUAAUGUUUUGUAACCACCCGGGUGCUAAAUCGAGCCUGUACGGUAUGUUACAAAGUUGGUUACCCUGUAUUCCUUGUUUAGCAUAUGAAUAUUUGUUGAGUUUGACAAAUUUUUAAUGUGCCUUGUUUUCUGUUAGGUCAUAGGAGGGUAAACAAUAAGAAAUGAUUUUAGAUCACAUUGCUUGAUGUUGGUUGAUAGUCAGUUCAUUAUGUUCUGAAUUCACUGACAGACGCGCAAUGAUUUUCUUCUAAAACAAUGAAUUUUUCAAAUCUGAAAUAAAAACAUACUUUAGAUUAAGUGUUAUUUUACUUUUUUUUCAUAAUUAUUUAUGUCAUUCUCUUCUUCGGAGUUGUAUUUAUGCUUCAACGAUACACAAAUUAUUCAUGUAUGAACGAAAAGUAUGUAUAUAUGUGCAUAAAUCAACAUAACUUAUCAUAAUUUCUGUAUCAUACGGUCAUUGAAAAUAAUGAGAAACAAUCGACGUUU